AUGAAUAUCAGACCCACAGAAGAAGAGAUUAAACGAUAUUAUGGUGUAAAUACCUUACAUCUAACCAACAAGGAUCAAUUGAAUUAUAAUCCACUUGCUGAUCUUGAUCCUGAUGAAGUUACUAGCACCUGGAGUGAACAAUCCACCACUAGUAGAAGCUUUGAUUUACAAGAUCCAUUAAAGGGACCCAAUAGUAAUAUUGUUAGUGAAUUACUUGAUAAACACAUUAUCUCCAGUAAGAAUGACCCUUUGGUAUACAACUACUUAAUUAGUAGUCAAACGUUCAAUAGUCAAAAGUAUCUUACAACUAUCCACAAAGAUACUCCCAUAGAAGAAUUAACACAUGCGUUGGCUCUUCUUGAAACUGAUAUUCAUUCACAUACAUCCGAAUUAAAACGGGCUAUUGAUGAUAACUUUUUAAAAGUAAUCAAUUCAAAGAAGUCGAUUGAUGAUGUUUUGGUUGAAUUUAAACAACAAAAAUCAAAAGCCCAAGCGGAUAAGGAAUCAUCCAAAGUAUUUAAUCCAACUAAGCAACGUCUUGAUGUACAACAGGACUUGUGUUCUGAAUUGGAUCUGGCUAUAAAUAAUAUGAAUACAACAACUUCAUUAAUGAUUAGACCAAUAUCUGAACUAAAGGCUAAAGAAGUUAAGUUAAUGAAGAUGAUUGAAAUCGUUAAAGAAAAUCUGUUUUUCUUUGAUUUACCGAGUGUUUUAAUUGAAGCCUUAUCUCUAAAUGACAAUGAAAAGUUUCUUACAAAUUACAACAAGUUUUUGGUAGAGAAGAACAAGUUUUAUACCAAUCUUCAAAAGGAAAGAGAAGACAAACUUAACCAAGCAAAGACUUCAGAAGCUGUCAAGGAAAUUGAUGCAGAUAUUCUGUUGAAACAUUCUACUGUUAGUAAGGUCUUCAGCCCAAUUGAUUCAAUCACUUUGCAAUAUCGUCAAAAAUUAAUCAAGGAAUUGUUGUCGUUGGACACUGAUAUUGUCUCUAGAACAAAUACUGAUGAAAGGAAUAAAAUCAUCAGUAUAAUUGACAAUUUGAUGAAAUUAAAUGAAUUGGAUACAAGUGCUUCUCAUCCAAUUGCAGAUUUUAUAUCCAACCAACUUAAUAUGAUUAAUAAAGAUUUUGAAUAUCAUAUUAAUAAAUUUGAUAACAAGUUCUUAUUACAUCAAGAGAAAUUACUUGAUUAUAUAAGCGGAUUAAAACAAGACAGACAAAUUGGUUCCCAUAUAAAUUACAUUGCCGAAAAAUACAAUCAUAUUAUACCUAAUGAGGAAAUAUUUGAUAGUUCUGAUUCGUUAGAUUAUUCUUUAAUUAAUGAAACUUGGUUAGUGUUAUUGAAUUUCAUGGAAUAUUUGGAUACCACAUUGAUCAAUACUUUACAAAAGAUUUUGAAUAAUUAUCUACAUUAUAAUACCAUUGACUCCGAUGGUAAGAUAAGAGACGCCUAUGUCGAAGUGAUUAAUCAAGUUGUAUUAUUGUUGGUUACUUUAUUUGAUAGUGUCAAGGAAGAAACAACAGAAGCUAAUACUGCUAUUGAAUUAUCACCAAGAGUAUAUAAGCAAUUUGUUCCAUAUUAUGCGAACUCACUUUCCACGGUCUAUUACUUAACAAAAGCUAACUUGAAAGUCAAUAGAUUACUUACUAAGUUUGGUGAAUUUAUUGGUAAAAUUGGGAAUGCAAGUAAAUAUCCUGACACUAACAAGGUUAUAAAAAGUUUAAAAACAUCAUCAACAAAUAUAAACCAAAAGAUAAUUGAAGCUAUAUGUUCAGUUUGGAUAAAUGAUGUUACCCAAUUUUAUGAUAUUGAAGAUUGGAAAUGCGAAAAGGGAGAACAAAGUACCACUACCAACCUUGUCAAUAUUAUUCAAUACUACCAAACUUACAUGGUCAGCCAAAUUUCAAAUUUAAUUUUUGCUAAAGAAAAGUCUGAAUUCCAGAUAGUAAGUGUUUAUCCAGGUAAAAGAAUCCUUGUUAGUAUUGAAAUUCAGUUCAUGAGAAGUUUAACAAUUUUAGUUGAUUCAAUAAUGAAGAAAUAUCACAUAGAGAGAACUAUAUCUACAGUUGACACAUUUAAAAUAUUAACAAUGAAUAAUUUGGAUAAAUUAUCAAGAGAAAUUUAUCCGAAAUUAUUACGCAGAUUUGAUGAAUUGUUCGACAAGGAUUUACUGAAACAAAAUUUGAAAUUGUUUGUCGAUAUCGACAAGGCGAAUCUUACAAUUAUUGAAGAUAUUUUGAAUAAUGAAAAAUUAUACAUUAGUUCAAGGGUCAAUCUUUUCUUUAAGAGUUCUAAGCAAGCCAAGAAAUUAAAAGUUGAUGGAUUUAUUUACGAAAUUUUAAUUCAUUUUGUUAAAUUGAUAAAUAAAUUAAAACCUUUGACUGUGGUUGAAAUAUUUAUUGAUAUAAUUAAUGAAUUACAGUUAAACUUGUUAAAGAAUAUCUUGGAUAAUAUAAGAAAUUUUGAAGUUAGUUCCUUGGGUUUGGUUAAUUUAAAGUUGGAUGUGAAUUUUGUGUUGCAAGUUUUUGAAAAAUCGAAAUUGUUAAGGUUUAAUGAAUCAACCUAUAAAUUGGUACAAAUUUUAUUGAAUACUAUUGAAGAAAAAUACCAAGAAGGCCAUGCAUUGUAUCAGUAUUCAAAACAAGAAUUUGAUCAAGUUUUGAAGCAAAAUUUACAAGAUUCAAGUAACCAAUUUGGUUGUUUUUAGAUAGUACUAUUGCGAGUUAGAUAUUGUUACCUAGAGGCUAACCUAUCCCUUUUAUGAAUAAUGCUGCUUCAUUAGAGAAUUUAAAAUUAGGUGGAGUAUAUAAAAUACCAAAUAUAUACUGAACUAUUCAGUUGGAAAAUUGCUAUUCAAACGGCACGAUCAAUUCCUACUGUAGACCUGUCCGAUACAAUUAUAGGGAUAUGCUAGGAUUUUUUUUAAAAAAAAUAAAUUAUGAUAUAUUUACAUCUAUAUAAUCUACAAAGUUGUUC